GACCGGUCAGGGGUCAAUUGAGUGGCAGACGCGGGGCUUUCUGCUGGAGCCUAAUAGGCUUAGGCAAUUCAGUUCUUGCCAUGACAGGGUGCAGCCCCGUGUUCGCAAUGCAGCACGUGGUGGGUGUACCCCGUAUACUGGUACGGAGAACCUUCCUUGGGACGGACGUCACCAUGACAAGGACUCUGUGCAGUCCAGGUCCCAGAGAGAAGCGACCGGAAGCCGCAGCCUUAGGGCUCUUUCACCGCCUCCCGGAAUUGGGAAGAACACUGAGCCACACCGUUCGCCAUCAAGCAGCCUCUACUGCCAAGGCUUGGUGGGACAGAUAUGAAGAGUUUGUGGGACUCAAUGAAGUUCGGGAGGCCCAGGGAAACGUGACAGAGGCGGAGAAAGUGUUCAUGGUGGCUCGUGGGCUUGUUCGAGAAGCUCGGGAGGGUUUGGAAGCUCAGCAGACUAAGCUGAAGGAGGUGAGGGACCGCUUGGACCGAGUCUCCAGGGAGGACAACCAGUACCUGGAGCUGGCCACUUUGGAGCACAGGAUGCUACAGGAAGAGAAGAGGCUCCGAAUAGCAUACCUGCGUGCAGAAGACUCAGAGCGAGAGAAGUUCUCUCUCUUCUCUGCAGCUGUGCGGGAGAGUCAUGAGAAAGAGCGUACAAGGGCUGAGAGGACCAAGAACUGGUCCCUUAUUGGGUCAGUUCUAGGAGCUCUGAUAGGUGUGGCCGGUUCCACCUAUGUUAACCGCGUCCGGCUACAGGAGCUGAAGGCCUUACUCCUGGAAGCACAGAAAGGUCCUGCGAGUCUCCAGGAGGCCAUCCGUGAACAGGCUUCUAGCUAUUCCCUCCAACAGAAAGACCUCCAGGACCUUAUGAUGGAUCUGAGGGGCCUGGUGCACGCCGAGCAGGGCCAGGGCUCCGGGUCACCAACAGGUUCUUCUACCAGAGGAAAAGACAUAGAUGGCCUUUCAGCCACCAUGAAAGAGCAGCUCCGUCAUUCCAGGCAGGUCUAUUCCUGCCUAGAGGGUUUACGAGAGCAGCUUGAUGGCCUGGAAAAGACUUGCAGUCAAAUGGCUGGGGUGCUUCAGCUGGCACAGGCUCCAGCACAUCCAGGCACGGUGGGGCCGGUGGAUGGGGCCCUGCCCAGCUCCUUGCUGGAACACGGGAGUGUGAUCUUGGCCCUGUCAGAGAUGGAGCAGAGGCUAGAAGCCCAGGCUAACAGGAACACUGUCUCUAGCACACUGGUCACCUGUGUGACCUUCCUGGCCACAUUGCCUCUGCUCUACAUGCUGUUCAAGACCAGUUAACCCUGGGGACCUUCUUCAAAGGGACCGAAGGGUGACUGUCGCUUUUGUUGGUGAUAUAAUGAAUCUUGAGGUACACACAACCUCAGCCUGACUCUGAAUGCCAUCUGAGGGGCUCACCAUCUGAGAUAUAUUUUAUUUUGUAGGUAGUACCUAUUUACAUUAAUUAUCGAAGUUUUGUGCAAAUGUCCAAUUAAAAUAUCUAAGAAUUUGUAUUAUUUAAAAGGUAGUUAUAUCAGACUCAGUUUUAUCAUUGAUUUCAGAAGUCUGGGACUUGAAGUUUAGCCUGGAGUGGGGGCUCACCCCCUUUAGUUCCUUUCUCAUCUCCUAGUGGUCCUAGCUCAGGACUAUGUUGGAUGAAGUUAGCCCUGGAUUCUCACUUAGAAUGUCCUGACACUGUUGCCCUCUGCUUGUUGGGCCUUCCUGUGUGUGGGCUCAAUCGAGUAGAGCCUCACCUGGUGCGUGGCUUGGGGAAGAAGAAGCGAUGCCGUUCUGGUGCUGAAAGGAAGAGACUGGGGUCAUCAUUACAGAUCCGUGCUGGUCUGCAUAUCCCUGAUACAGAGUCCUGUCCAUGCAACCUGGGACCCUCAAAACGGCACAGGCAUAGUCCAGGCCCUCGCUGGCAGCAGUGUGGAGACGAAAGGAAGGGAACAGUGAAACAUGGAAGUGGACCGCCCUGGGAACCUUGACCUCUCUUCAUAGGGAACAGUGACCCUUGACCUCUGCUAAAUGGCGUGGGUGGCCUUAUGUAAAUAGAAUUUGUGGAGUGUUGCUCUGUGCUGAGUAUUAGCUGUCUAGAGCCUUAGUGGAGAGUCAGUCUAACAGCCUCCCCCAGAGGGCACCCCCACCCGAGUGCACCACAGCUGUCCUCUUCCAGGGGGAGCUUGUUUGUGCCUAUGAAGCCAGAAGCCUUUCUCAUGAGCAGCCCUCUCUGCUUGGAUACUGUGCUCAUUUCUAAACAGCAAGUGUGGCCCGAAAAUGGCUCCUAAGUUCUUUGAAUCUCUGAGAACCUAAUCUCUCGGUCAGUUGAUCACUUAUUGUCAUACAGUAGUUCCCUGCAAAUAAAACAAGCCCAGCACCUAAGGGUGUUGAUACCCCU